CAGGGCCAUGCGUGACCCAUCCUCGCACCCCAGGGUCUUGCCUGAGCUGUGGCAUGAGGGGGCACUGGUGGGAUUUUGUUGAAUGAGUGAGGCAAUUGAUGGAAGCCCGAGUGGGGGGCUUCCCCUCUGGCUUGCAGGGUCACCCAACCUACCCUCUCCCCUCCUUCUCUUCUGGCUUCAGGCACUCGAGCACGCCGAGAGGCGUUUCCUGUCCUCCCCUGACAUCCUGCAGCUGCUGGACGGUGGCCGGCGCUACCGGGUCACCUGGUACCUUUCCUGGAGCCCCUGUUCUCAGUGUGCUCGGGCCGUGGCCGGAUUCCUGGCCCAGCACGGGAACGUCAGCCUGAGAAUUUUUGUAGCCCGACUCUACAACCAUGAAGACCCAGAAAAUCGUCAGGGGCUGAGGACCCUGAACAGCACUGGGACCCCCAUCAGGGUCAUGACUAACAGGGAGUUUGCCCUGUGCUGGGAGCGCUUCGUGAGGCACCAGGGAGCAGCCUUUGAGCCCUGGGCAGGUCUGCGUGAAAAUGCGGACCUGCUUCUGGGACAGCUGGAGGACAUCCUGGGGGUGAGCGCCUCGUGGCCCCUCUGUCCUCCCCCCUCCCCACUCUGGGCAUCCUGAUCUUUCCUGGGCUUUUGGGGAGUCCUUCCUCUUCUCCCUGUGCUCAGGUCACUCAGCUCCUGCUUUAACCCUAGACCCUGCCCCUAAGUCCUCCCACCUCUUCCCCCUCAGUCCUUCCCUCCUCAUUCCCUGCAGACCCUUGGCUUCUCCCACCUGCCAGAGUCCUCCUCCUCCCUCUCCCCUCCUUCCCCUCCUCUCCUCCCCAGGGACUGUUCUCUCCUGCCUCUCCCUGCCUCCUGAGGCUCCCCUAACUC